AUGGGGAAGAUUGUGUUCUUCGAGGACAAGAACUACCAAGGGUGGAGCUAUGAGUGCAGCACUGACUGCCCUGACUUGCGCUCGUACUUCAGCCGUUGCAACUCCAUCAAGGUAGAGAGUGGCAGCUGGGUUUUGUAUGAGCGUCCCAACUACACAGGCAACCAGUACGUCCUAAUCCCUGGGGAAUAUUCUGAUCCACAGAGGUGGAUGGGAUACAGUGAUAGCAUCAAGUCGUGCCGCUUCAUCAAAAAUGUUUACGGAAAGUCCUGGAAGAUCAGAUUCUACGACAAGCAGGAUUUUGGAGGUAAAUCUGCAGAGUGGGUUGAAGAUUGCCCAUCAGUCUACGAGGCCCUGAAGUGUCAGGAGUUUUACUCCUGUGUGGUUACGGAUGGUGCGUGGGUCCUCUACGAGCAGCCCAACUAUUACGGACACCAGUACUUCCUGGAACGUGGCGAGUACCACUGUUAUACAGACUGGGGCGCCACCUCACCAGCUGUGGGAUCCUUCCGCAUGAUCAGAGAGUUCUAG